GGUCACACUGGCCCAUCAGCUGGCCCAGUUACACAAGCAGCCGAUUCCGAAUCGCGUUUUCAGCUGUUUUUCCUUAAUUAUCUGUUAAAAUAUCAAUUAAAACACAGCCAUGCCUUUUAUGAAGGGACGCGAGCCCAUCCGGCGCACCCUGAAGUACCUGAAUGCGGGCAAACUGGUGCUAAAGGACAAUGUGCGCAUCUUUAGCGUCAACUACAACACCUACGGUGACCAUCAUGCGGGAGCGCGGGACUUUGUCUUCUGGAACAUACCCCAAGUGCAGUUCAAGAACCCAGAGGUGCAGGUGCUCACGCUGAAGAACAUGACGCCGUCGCCGUUUGUGCGCUGCUACUUCGAAGACGGUCGCGACAUGCUGAUCGAUGUGGACAGCCGUAACAGGGAUGACAUUAUUGAGCACCUCAUCCAGGUGGUGGGCAAGACGCGGGAUCAACUGGAUGCGGAGACGCGUCUGAAGGAGAGUAAGGACAAUCCGGCCAACUUUGGCUAUGGCUGCGGCCGCCACUGCAUCUGCGAGAUACCCGGCCAGGUGCCAUGUCCGGGCACUGUUCCACUGCCCGACCACAUGCGCGGCAAAAUCAAGUUUGCCCCCAAGUAGAUAUGUUAGUUUAUCUCGUCUUUUGUUUUUUUAAUAAAUAAAUUGUAAAUUACACCUGCCAGGAGGCUCGUCUGCUGAGGUAGCGUCCUAAGAUUACUAUA